AUAAAAAAGCAGAAUUGUUGCAAUAUUUAUUAUCAAUAGUUUGGCGUAAAAGUUUAAUAUUACAUUUGUUUUAAAAGAAAAAUAAUUAAAUAUGCAUGAUUAUGCACAAAAUAGCAAACAACUGUUUUGGAAUCGUAAAAUGCUCGAAAUGUUUAUAGACCUUUAUAGGGAGAAUACAUGUUUGUACGACAAACGCCAUCAAGAUUAUAAUAAUAAAAUGAUCAAGGAAAAUGUCUUGAAAAGUAUGCUAACACAAAUGCGUAAAUUUUUACCCACUUUGGAAUUAGUGGAUAUACAUGAUAAAAUCAAAGUUAUUCGUGCUCAAUUUAGUGAAGAGGUAACAUUUGCUGAUGCAGCUGGAGCUGGCUAUGUUCCUCAAUUGUGGUGUUUUGAGAAGUUGCAAUUUUUGCGUGAACAUCUAACAUGUUGGCCAACAGAUGAUACUGAUUCAAAUGAGGAAAAUACUAUUGCAGAAGAAAAUCAUUCGGAAAAUAGUGAUAAUGAGAGUGAUGACUUUCAUCUAUACCUUACAACAAUUUUAGACAAAUAUAAAUCUGAAACAAAAUAUAGAUGGGAUCCAGUUGUUACUAAGAUUUUUAUAAAUGUCCUUGAAGGAUAUCAAAUACUUUUGGAUCCCAACUAUAGUGACUUUAAACACCGAGUAUUGAGAAGAAAAGCUUUAUGUAAACUGCAGAAAGAAAUGAAAAAAGUUGAUCCAAAAAUUAAUAUAAAACAUGUUUAUGAUAAAAUAGUACAUCUACGAAGAUGUUAUUUAAAUGAAUUGGAUCGUUUGAAGAAGAAGAAGCGAACAAAUAACAAUGAAAAAUUGACUUCAAAAUGGUGGUGUUUUGAUAUGUUGACUAAGUUAUAUAAGGACAGAUAUGGUGUGAAUUCAAAUUCUAAUUUAAAGGAGUUAUCUGUUGAGAAUGAUAACCAAAUAGGGAAUAAUAUGUCCUCUAAACAGCAAGCGAAAGAAACUUCUAAUAAUGAUCACAUAGAAUUAUUGGAAUUUGAAGAAGUUCAACAAGUUUUCGAUGGUGAUCAAGAAAUGCAAACGGUAUUAAUUAUGGACACUAAAAACACACAAAACACCAUGGAAUAUGAAUGUGUAAAUAUUUCCGUGGGUGACGAAUCAGAAAACAAACAACCCACAACAACAAGCUGUAUUAACGAAGAGUAUUGUGAUUAUGAUGAAACAGAUCUAAACGUAACAAACAUGGUGGAGUAUGAAUGUGCAAAUACAUCUAUAACUGACGAUACAAAAAACAUAGAACUACCAACAACAAACAGUAUUGACUCCGAUAAUAUAACAGAAUUUAAAGUAACUGAAAUAUCUGCCAUCAACAAAUAUAGCCCGAAAUCAAAGAAUAAAGCAAUAAAUGUAAAAACUGAUAUGAUAGGUGUAUCUCUAGGUAAUUUAGUUACAACAAAAUUGAAAGAAAUCUCACCAAAAUAUCAUGCCGAUUUCGCCUGGGAUGUACAAUGUCUAGUACGUAAAUAUAUUUUGAAAAGUAGAGAGCAAACAACUGAAGAAACCUCUUCAGCAUCAAUAUCUGUCAAUAAUAAACAAAAACCAACUGUAAUUAAUGUAAGUUUUGUGUAAAUCAUAGAAUUAAGAACGCACAAGUUGUUUUAAAUUAAAUUAAUUAAAAUUUUUAAUAAAUAAGUUAAUUGUUUCUUUUAGAAAAGUUUAAGUUUUAUAAAAUAAUAUGAAAAUUA